GUAUAUACCAUGCCACCCUUCCCUUGCGCCGGUGGCAAUCUGCUUUUGUCUUCCUAGCCUUUGCGAUUCCCUCGCAGCUUUGUCCAUUCUCUCUCUAAACUUUUGUUUCUCUCUCUAGAGUCGUCGCUUUGUCUCACUCUAGGCUCCGCAUUCCUUCUUUGGUUCUUGUUCUGCGGUGGAUUUGCCAUUGAGGCUUCCGGCGGAGAUCUUCGAAGAACUCUUGUCAACUGAACUUCUUUUGUUGAAGCCCUCCUUCUCAAUUUUUCUCAGAAGCGAAAUUUUGAUUUUUUGGUAGCUCAGAAGAAAAAAUUGCAGAGCCAAACAGAUCAAAUGUCUACAGAGCAGUAUAUUGAAGAGGCAGUGGCACAGAAUGAUUCCGAUGGAGGAGAUGACUCUUCUUUAGUGAAGUGGAAGCCUGUAUUGGGCUCGGACAAUAAUCACUCGGGCGGUUUCGAAUGCAACAUCUGCCUGGAGUUCGUCCAGGAUCCUGUGGUAACGCUCUGCGGCCACCUGUACUGCUGGCCCUGCAUUUACAGAUGGCUUCAUUUGCAGAGCAUCUCCAAUGAAAUUUCAGACGAGCAACGGCAGCAGUGCCCCGUAUGCAAAGCCGAAGUUUCGCACACAACCCUAGUCCCAAUCUAUGGCCGUGGAGAAACCACAACGCUCUCCGAAGCCAAAACCAAGCAGCUUGGUAUUGCCAUUCCCCGUAGACCAGCUGGCCCUGCCUGUGGAGUGGGCACCCUCCUGGCAACCAACGCCGGCACUAGUCUCCUGAGGCCACCUCCCGAGCUUCGAGGUCGAGAUGAUUUCCAUCAAUCGCAGCCGUAUCGCCCUCACCUUGACAGCUACAGUGAUCCGCCGAUGCUCGGACCUGGGUUGCUUGGGGAAAUGAUUUAUGCGAGGGUGUUCGGGAACUCGCCCGCCAAUUCGUAUUCUUAUGCGAACUCGUAUCAUCUCGCUGGAACCAGUCAUCCUAGAGUGAGGAGGCAUCUAGCACAGGCCGAUAGGUCACUUGGCCGGAUCUGUUUCUUCCUAUGCUGUUGUGUUCUUUCGUGUCUCCUUUUGUUCUGAUGACACGCUAAAUUAACUCUCAUUUUUGGGGUUGUUGCCCCUCGUAGAAAAAGAUGGAGCACCGGCGUAGGAGCUGAUAAGGUUCAGGCGCAUGAAUUAGAUGUAAAGCACCUGCUUACCCAAAAGCAUAAAAGGGAAAAAGAAGAAAGAUCUCGCAGCGAUGGCGUCGGAAUUUAUAAUUAUGAUUUGAAUUUGUGUUUUACUGACAUCUCUUCAGAUUUCCAACUUUAAAUUUACAUUGAAAGCAGCUGUGGGGUUGAUACCA